UACCAGCUCUCUACCAAAGACAUACUCUUCUUCUGUGGUGUUGCUCUGGAAAGCAGCUACCCAACUUUCAUUUAGCAUAGAGCCAUAUGACCGGUUCUCACCAAUGGAACAUGAGCCAGAGAGACAGAAGACUGACAGGAUGGAAUAAGCUCGAGUUGCUGAAUCACUGCCUGGAAUGCCAUCCACAAACACUCGAUUUGGAUUUUAUACAAAUUCUCGCUCUGUCACCCAGGCUGAAGUGCAGUGGCAUGAACAGGGCUCACAGCAGCCUCAACCUCCUCAGCUCAAGUGAUCUUCUCACCUUGGCCUCCCAAACUGCUGAGAUUACUGGCAUGAGCCACCGCAUGCAGUCUUCCUACAGUUUGUUGUACUUUAAUGUGUAAUACUCAACUCAAGGUACAAGACAAUUGCAUUUAACAUUGUUAUAAAUAAAAGAGACAUCAGAUCAAUCAUUAAG